ACGAAUUUUUCGGUGCUCUACGUAUUUGGGAACUAGCUACCGAACGAUAUCGAGAAAACCUGGGAAGGAAAAUCAGCAACCAAUCAGAGAACUGAUUCAUAAAUUUGGCGCGAUUUGCAGAGAAUCCUUCGCGGCAGAACUGACCUGAAGACUCUUGAAAGUAGAUUGGGAGGUGAAGAGUUUGACAAUUUUCCUAGAAUUUUCCUAGAAUCUUAUGAAGCAAUCGCAGUAUUAAGAAUUUGAUGAACUGAUCGUUUGAAGACCAUUCAGGGAAAUAAAAAAAGAUGGUAACAAUACCAGAAUGCGAGGGACUAGUCGAACCUCUUCUUCGCGUUCUCGAAGACAACAUGGCGGCUGGUGAUGAUCAAGUCGACGCGUAUCUCAGAAUGACCGACCGAUUAAGAGAGGAAGAGGAUGUAUUUGUAAAUGAACUCCUAAAUUUUCUUACAAGGGUUGUCGUAGUCCUAAAGAGAGAUAUUCAGUCUGAUAAGUCAGAUCUCUGCCAAGCAUCUUUACAGACUCUUGGGCAUUGUCUGUAUCAAGAGCAGAUAGCUAGUUCAAUUUGUCUCUCAGAUGGUCAGGACCUCCUUCAAGGUAAGAUGUUUCUUGUCUUUUACUUGCUUAAGAAUUCUUAACUUCAAAAUUAAAAG